GGAUUAUACUUUGGCCGUAUGGAUUCACUCAAUAAUUAUGGCUCCAGUGACGAGGAAGGUCCUUCAACAACAAACAGUAGCAGAGGAACGUCUUCUGCUGUUAAGAUAAACAGUGCACCCGAUGUUGGUGGCGAAAACACCAAUGCUAUGCGCUUGUACACAGCACCCACCACCACAGAAGUAGCUGUCAAUAUUCCUUAUAGCGACAUGAUGUUGCCUACGCUUGGACCCGACAAUCCGUUUACACAAAAGAAAAUGGCAACGCAGAAUGUAUUGACUGGACACAUUGAGGCAGAAGCUAUGAAUGAAACGGAUUUCCGAACACAACUUCGAACAUUCGAAUCUUAUGGAUAUGCACGCGAUCCUUCGAUUAGCUCAACCGGCGUCAAUGGUAGCAUUGGUGGUGGUAUUUUAGGAACUGGGUAUAUUGGCGAUGUCAACAAAGCUCUUGAAAUGGGAGGAGCAACUAUAUACGACACAGUACCCAAGAACAUGCGACCAAACCAGAAUAUGAAAGAAAGGAGAAAGGCAAAGGGUGAUCCUUCUGUUUUAGAAGGUGAUAAUGCAUACCUUGGACCUUGGGCCGGUUAUGACAACGAGAAGAUCGGCAAAGCAGCUCGCCCAACUGACGAAGAAAUGGAAUUUGUUUCUGCUAUGCACGCAAAGACCAGACAACCAAAGACAGCUGGGGAAAUUCCAUUUGGCGAAGAAAAGACAACUUUCCACGGAGCAGCCGAGCGGGAUUAUCUGGGAAGGACGUACAUGGCUGUACCGCAAGAUCUGGACGUCAACCUUCUUGGCGAGCCUGGAACACAAGCAUCCUUUAUCCCCAAAAGAUGCAUACAUACUUGGUCUGGCCACACGCGGGGUGUGUCGGCUAUUCGAUUCUUGCCAAAGAGUGCACAUCUUCUGCUUAGUGCUGGUAUGGACAAUAAGAUCAAGAUCUGGGACGUGUAUCACGAUAGAGAAUGUCUGAGAACUAUGAUGGGGCAUGGAAAAGCGGUCAGAGAUAUCACGUUCAGCAAUGACGGCCGAAGAUUCCUCAGUGCGAGUUACGACAAAACUGUCAAAUUAUGGGACACUGAGACUGGCAAAUGCAUCAAGUCAUUUACCACUGGCAAAAUUCCAUAUACCGUUAAAUUCAAUCCAGAUGAAGACAAACAACACAUCUUCUUGGCAGGAUGUGCUGACAAAAAAAUUGUCCAAUUUGAUAUCAACACUGGAGAAGUCACCCAAGAGUAUGACCAGCAUUUAGGCGCCGUCAACACUUUGACAUUUGUUGACGACAAUCGUCGUUUCAUCUCAACGUCCGACGACAAGACUCUCCGCGCAUGGGAAUUUGAUAUUCCUGUUGUCAUUAAAUAUGUUGCUGAGCCUGACAUGCAUUCUAUGCCAGCUGUUGCGUUGCACCCAAAUAGAAAAUGGUUGGCAUGUACCUCGUUGGACAAUCAAAUACUGGUGUUUGGAGCAAGAGACCGGUUCAGACAAAAUAGGAAGAAGCGUUUCGCUGGCCAUACCGUUGCUGGUUAUGCUUGUCAACCAGGCUUUUCUCCAGAUGGACGGUUCAUCUCUAGUGGUGACGCUGAUGGUAAUGUUUGGUGCUGGGAUUGGAAAACCUGCCGUAUUAUCAAAAAAUUCAAGGCUCACGAUAAAGUCGUUAUCAAUACUGAAUGGCAUCCUCAUGAAACAUCGAAGAUGGCCACUUGUAGUUGGGACGGUACCAUUAAAUACUGGGAUUAAAAUAAAAUUAUUUGAUCUUAGCCAUUAAAAUAAUAGAAUACAUUUUGCCAGCAAUA